AUGCCUGAAGCAGAGCAAACUAUUGACUCCGACUACGAAGAGAUCGGAUGGUAUACUUUCGACGACAUUGAUGUGGAUAGGUGGAUGUCUUGGGAGGGUCCAUGUAGCUUUGAUUUAUCUGGUCCUAGUCGUAUCUCUAUUGGAACGAACGGAGUAGUUUCUGUCAAUUAUGACACAGAUAAGCCACAGCAGGAUGUUCAUCUUCCUCCGGGAUGGUAUGCGGUUGUCUGUAAUGCGAAAUUCAAAUUGGUGUUGGGAACCUAG